AUGGUAAAGAACCCCAAAGGAAACUUUAGUGUGCACUGGGUUUCCAAGUACAAAGAAUUCUUUGAUAUCAUGGACGUUGAUGGAAACGGCAAGGUGAAUGAAGAUGAAUUCGUCGAUUCAACAUCAGAGCGAGCUCAGCAAGUUCUCCCAUCCUGGCGAGCCAUGGCGGUGAAUGGUAUAUUGUACAGUGCCUUUCACCUGUGGUGGUUAAAUGAAAACACUAUCUAUCCAAAAUCCUUCACGUUUCAAGAAAUGCUUCUGUCUGAAGAGGCGGAAAUCCCUAUUACAAGAGAAGAGAUCGUCAAAAACGCAAAAGAUUGGCUUAACGUGCUUGAUCUCGACUGUGAUGGCAGAUUGAUGGUAGAUGAGUAUGCCAACUUCCUUACUAUUUUCCGUAACACUGCUAAGGUUCAAGAUAUAUUUGAUGUCAUUGAUUGGAAUGAGGAUGGUGUGAUUGAUACCAACGAGUUCAUAGACGCUUUCGUGGGCUACUGGGCUGAACAAAAGGCCAGCUCCUCUGAUGUCCUUUUUGUUGAGUUCAUAUCUGGGGAGUUUGCUGAACCCAUUGCUUUUGAAGAAAUUCUGCGAAACCCCAAAGGAAACUUCAGUGCGCACUGGAUUUUCAAGUACAAACAAUUCUUUGAUAUCAUGGACGUUGAUGAAAAUGGAAGGUUGACUGAAGAGGAAUGCAUCGAUUUAACAACAGAGCGAGCUCAGCAAGUUCUCCCGUCUUGGAGAGCCAUGGCGGUGAAUGGUAUAUCGUCUAGUGCGUAUUACUUGUGGUGGUCAAAUGAAUACAACAACUAUUCCAAAUCCAUCACAUUUGAAGAAAUGCUUUGGGCUGACGAAGAUGAACUCACUAAUAUAAGCUUAAGAGAAGAGACAGUAAAAUUUGCAUACGAUUGGUUUGGCGCGUUUGAUCUCGAUUGCGAUAGCAAAUUGAUGGUAGAUGAGUAUUACAACUUCCUUACUGUUUUCCGUAACACUGCUAAGGCUCAAUAUAUAUUUGAUGCCACUGAUUGGAAUAAGGAUGGUGUGAUUGAUACCAACGAGUUCAUAGACGCUUUCGAGGACUACUUUGUUGGUCAAGAGCCCAGCGCCUCUGAUCUCAUUUUCGGCGCUCGUUAUUAA